UGCUCCGGUCUGUCGUCUUUCGGUGCAAAGAUGGCGAAUGUGGUGCUUGAGUUCAAGACAUCUGCUGGAGACUCGGAGCCACAGAACCGCCCGAUUCUUAUCGUUGGCCAGCUGAGCAACCUUCAGCAAGUCACUUGGGCGCAAGUGAAGGGGAAAUUGCAGCCAGUCAUCAGCAAAGAGACCUGGCAGGCGGCUCUCAGCGCCCUCAACCCAAACCCCACCGACAGUUGUCCCCUCUACCUGAGUCAUGCCACGGUCGCAGCCCUGCCCUCCCGGGUCAGCCGGCACAACAGCCCCUCCUCCGCCCACUUCCUGACUCGUCUGGUCCGCACCUGCCUGCCAGGCGGGACGAGUCGCUGCAUCCUGAUGGUGUGCGAGCAGUCAGAAAUGUUUGCCUCAGGCUGUGCCAUCGCCAGGGCCUUCCCUCUUUUCUCCCGCCGGUCCGUUGCCUCCCGCAGGACAGAUAAGAAAUUGGUAACGGUGGAAUUCAUCACAGUGGGCCAGGACAACGGACCCCUGGACCACACAACCUUGGAGUGCCUGUCCAAUGCAGCAGAUGGGGUGAGACUGGCAGCACGGAUUGUGGACACGCCCUGCAACGAGAUGAACACCGACCACUUCCUGGAGGAAAUCAAGGCCGUGGGGAUGGAGCUAGGCAUCACUCCCACUAUCAUUCGUGGAGAGGAGCUCAAACAGAGGGGCUUUGGAGGGAUCUAUGGGGUGGGGAAGGCUGCUGAACACCCUCCUGCUCUGGCUGUACUCAGUCACACACCAGAGGGGGCCACUCAGACCAUCGCGUGGGUGGGCAAGGGCAUUGUGUACGACACAGGUGGCCUCAGCAUCAAAGGCAAGACCACCAUGCCAGGGAUGAAGAGAGACUGUGGAGGGGCUGCAGCCAUUCUUGGAGCUUUCAGAGCUGCUGUCAAACAGGGCUUCAAGGAUAACCUCCAUGCCAUCUUCUGCCUGGCUGAGAAUGCUGUGGGACCCACUGCCACAAGGCCUGAUGACAUCCACACCCUCUAUUCUGGAAAGACGGUGGAAAUCAAUAACACUGAUGCAGAGGGCAGGCUGGUGCUGUCAGAUGGAGUGGUCUAUGCAAGCAAGGAUCUGGCUGCAGACAUUAUUCUGGACAUGGCCACCCUGACAGGAGCUCAGGGGAUCUCCACAGGGAAGUACCACGCUGCUGUGAUGACCAACAGCGAGCAGUGGGAGGCGGCAUGCGUGCGCGCCGGGCGCAACAGCGGCGACCUGGCUCACCCCUUGGUCUACUGCCCCGAGCUGCACUUCAGCGAGUUCACCUCCGCCGUGGCAGACAUGAAGAACUCUGUGGCCGACCGCGAGAACGCUCAGAGCUCCUGUGCUGGCCUUUUUAUCGGCUCACACCUAGGGUUUGACUGGCCUGGGGUCUGGGUGCAUGUGGACAUUGCUUCCCCUGUCCACGCUGGAGAGCGUGCCACCGGGUUUGGCGUGGCCCUACUGCUAGCCUUGUUUGGCCAGGCCUCUGAGGACCCCAUGCUCAACAUGGUGUCCCCCUUGGGUGCUGCCGAUUCCUCGCCUGGAGAUCAGCAGAUGGAACGUGACUGCAAGAGGAGGAGAUUGGUGUAGCCCCC